AAAUAAAUAAAACGUAUUAAUAAAUAGCUGGUUCACCUGCUAUGGCCGGCCAUAUUACUGAGCGAUCAAGUCAAGCUCUCCAACCAUGGACUCCAUUCCGUGAGUAGAAGAGAAAUGGGAAAGAAGCCAUCUCUGCGCACCAAAGCAACCGACUUUGUUUAUGCCGUUCUCAACCCCAUCUCUGAUUCUAAUGAUCACAAUCACAAACCUUCCAAACACCCUCCAUCACCUUCCGAAGAAGUAGGUGAAACAGAAAUAAGUGCAUCAGAGACUUCUGAUGAAGAGGGUAGCCAUGGUUUAGAUGGUGGACCUGAUACUUCAUCCUUCACUGCUUUCCUCUAUUCUUUUGUGUCAUCCUCAGACACUAAAACAGACAAACAUGGGCAGAAUGAUGAGAAAAGUGAACCUGAUAAUAUUAACCCUUUACCAGACUCUUCCUUGAAAGAAAAUGGUCGAAGGAAAAGUUUGUUUUCUAGAGGUAAGCAAUCACUUGGUAGAGCGAUUCGCCACGCUACGAGAAUCGGUGGAUUUCGCCACCAUGACCGUCGCAAAGAUAAUGUAGAAAUGAAAUAUGAUGAUGGGCAUUGUUCUAAAAUUUCUACUGUUGAGCCUGUGAAAGAGUCAGUGCACAGGCCUUUGGUUGAUCUGCCAGAAAUUUCUGAACCUUCGGUUCUCCUCUCUGAGGGUAUGAGAAGUGUUCUCUAUGCUUCUCUUCCACCUCUUGUGCAUGGAAGGAAAUGGCUGCUGCUAUACAGCACUUGGAGGCAUGGUGUGACUCUUUCAACUCUUUACAGAAGAAGCAUGCUUUCACCUGGAUCGUGUUUGCUGGUUGUUGGAGACCAAAGAGGAGCAGUGUUUGGUAGCUUGGUUGAAGCACCUAUGAGACCAUCCAAUAGGAGAAAAUACCAGGGAACAAACAAUACAUAUGUUUUCACAAACAUCUCUGGUCAUCCUGUUAUAUAUCGCCCAACAGGGGUUAACCGCUAUUUCACGCUUUGCAACACUGACUACAUAGCAAUUGGUGGGGGAGGUCAUUUUGCGCUUUAUUUGGAUGGAGAUCUAUUGAAUGGCUCAAGUUCAGUCUCUGAAACUUAUGGGAAUCCUUGCCUUGCAAAUUCUCAGGAAUUUGAAGUGAAGGAAGUAGAGUUGUGGGGCUUUGUACAAACUUCAAAAUAUGAGGAAGUACUCGCAUUGAGCAGAACAGAGACACCUGGGAUCUGUCGAUGGUAAAAACAUCUCUGAAUAUGAUGAAUCAAAUGGCUUAUACUUAGCAUUUCAUUGAAGGGCCACUCACCCUCUGGAGAGCAAUGCGAGGCUCAUUGACAACACGACGGAGAAAGUUUUCACUGUGUAACUAACAUAUAUCAUAUGUAAAUUAUCUACCAAGCUUGUAUAUACGAGUUGAAAAAUUGCCCUUUUUUCCGGGUGAAGAAAUGGAGUAUGUUUACUUAUGUAUAGCAUUUUCAAAAGCUGAUGAAGGGACAACAAGAAAUUAUCUUAUGUACCAAGUGUUGUUUUUA